AUGUUCCCCGCAGUAAUCAGACACCAGCUUCUGAAGCCCUCCGUUACCAGUGUCAAUCAACUGGCAAGGGCCUCGGUCCAUGGGAAAGCUCACACGGAUAUGAAAGGCACUGAAGACUUUUACGUUAAUACUACCUUCCCUGAUGACUAUGAGGCUUCAAGCGCGGCGUUGGAUGCCGAGUUGCUAAAGAGACAAGCUGAAGCCGAGGCUUCUAAUGGACCGUGGGACGAAGCCACUAUUGAGCAGCAUAGGAAGGAUAUCUACGAAAGUAUUUAUCCGCAACAGGGAGGCAAUAAGAAACGGGCAGAUAACCCGCCAGACCCGGAGAGAGCCCCUGAUAUGGAUGAAAUGUGA